CAGACUGGUUUGUGGUGAAGUUUGCGGUUGACAACAAGGUGGCUGCGUGGACAGCGACCCCGGAGAACUUUCAACCUAUUACUCGUUUGUUAGCAAUUCCGGAAAUCUAUCAACAUCCUUUCUCUUGCGGACUAACCUUGACGUCCAAAGAUCCGGAUGAUUCGAAAUCGGCAUUUUACCCAUGCGAUAUUUUAGCUGUGUGUGGGACGGAAAGUGAGGCCAAAAAGUAAUGCGCUUUGUUUCGAAAGCAGGAAACUCUCAAGCUACCGGCAAAACGCAAGGCUAACGAAAUCGAAGUCGUUAAAACUACGAAGAAGUUCGCAGCGGACAAAGUAAGUUUGGAGCAUGCCUUGCCCCGCCGAGUCAAUCGCGAUGAACCAUCAAAAGAAAGCGUCGAAAUCGCGCCACCGGUACCACCUGCGUCCCCUAUCUCUCUUUCCGACGUUUAGAUGAAUUUCCGGCAGAAACCACUGUUGCCGGCAAAAGUGUAUCGGCAAAUGGACGAGACAGCCAGCAAAGCUAGCGGGUCAAAAACAUCGACGGUGGAUAAAGAGCUGAUGCCUCAUGACCAAAGCGAUACGAAAUCGAAUCCAUCUUCAACCGAAAAAAGAGAGUACCGUUUCCCAUUCGAAAUCGCAACCGCUGAUAAAGUUCUGCUGAUCGAUGGAUUUCCGGGGACAAAGAUUUUCAUCGAGAUCGGAAAGAAGAAAUACCUGGAAUCCAACAUCAAGAAAAAACAGAAAACAGACGGCACGUAUCUGGCGGAUCUCCGUCGGUAUCUGUUUCUCGAGGACGAUUCGUGCCAGAGGAUUGAAGAACUGAAAAAGCUAACUGAUCAGCAAGUGAAGGGAAAAUCUGGCUUCCAAGGCAUUUCUGGACGUACAUUCAUGGACGUCAUUAAAGCCUGGGCAGAUUCCGUGGGGAUAUCUACAGAAGGCGACAACGUAACGGCUGGAAUGAAUAACUGGAAAAGCCGAGAGAUUCUCGCUUUAGACCGCCGUCAUCGCAUUGAACAGCCGUAAAGAUGUCAUCCUCGGUGGAUAGCGGUUUCGAUACUAAGGAUUCAAUAGUUUCCGUACGUUAUUUUUUGUUAUUUGGUUCAAUUUUGUUAUUGCAUUUUGCGAUCGAUUGGGCUUCGUCGAAAUCGUGUAAUUUUAGAUCCGUGGAGUUAUAGUAUUUUGGAAUUUUAGUCUGUGAUGUGUGCAGUAGAGAACUUUCAGAUCUAGAUUUUUUAUGUUUUACGCAUUCGUUCCGCAGCUCAAAGACAGUUUUUAUCGGAUUCUAGGAGGACCACAUUUAAUUUUGUUUGUUGUUUUUAUGUUUUUUUUACGCUCCGUACACUGUACGGACGGUGUCGAUAUC